AUGGGAGGAAUAGAGGGAAAGAGAAGAGAACAAGAGCGAGAGAUGAAAGCUACAGAAGAAGGAACAGAAAGAGCAAAUAAGAAUGAGGCAGGGACGAGUAAUAGGAGGAAACGCAAGAAAACGGACACGAGAGAAGUGAAUAAGAGAAGAGUGAAAAAAAACAGAAGAGAAAGGACGAAAAUAGGGGAAAAGAGAGGUGGAAAAAGGAGAAAGCCGGUGGAGAAAGAAAGAGGAGGAAAAGUAGGAAAGGAAGCCAAAAAAUAUAGAGAGAAAAAAUUGAGGCAACGGCACACAGCGAGAGAGAAGCAAAAAGAAGUAUUGGCAAAGAGAGAGAAGGAAAGGAAAGAACGAAAAAUUAGAGGAAAAAAGACGAAUCAAAAAGAAGGGAAAAAGAGGAGUAACGGGGGAAGAGCAGAACGGGCACGAGAAAAGUGGAUAAGAGAGGAGCGAAAAAAAGAACAAAAGGAGAAAGAAUAA